CUCCCACUACACAGAAACUCGCUGGUCGGUGUCUCCUCCGCUCUUCCGAAUCCAGUUCAAAGACUAAAACUAAAUCGAAUAUCGGCUUCGAACUCUCUUGUCCUGAAAGUCUGUCCUUGAACACGUGUACUCUAUUUUGCACUCUCUUUCUUACUCCUUUCGCUCUUUUACUUUCUCUCGCUCUCUCUUUCUCUCUCUGGAAGUUGGAUUAUGAGCGCAGCCGGUUCGUCAGGAUAUUGUCCGUUUUCCAGCCGUUCCACAGAAGAUGACCGGUGGUACAACUGAGAUAAGGAACAGCGAAAGGAGAUCGAUGCUACCAAAGAGUUUAAUAAUCAGUAGUUGAAACAAGAACUAUGCCUUCUCCCGUCUGUUUCUGUAAAAAGCUGAAGGAUGGGGAUGGAGAAACGUGAGCAGACAGAGCUUGGAAGCUAGAGUGGCGGUGAGCCCAGGCAAAGCCCUCCUAUGAGGUGAGGUGACCUCUGACCCCCGGCCUGCCCCUCCCCCAGCCCAGUGCCCCUCACGCCCCUCCACCAGGCAGCAGACCUAAGGGAUGUCACGGAUCUUCCCCCUGAUCACCUUGCUCGCCGUCUCCUCAAGCAUUCAGGUGUCCCCAGCUGUACUUGUUCCUAAGGUGUUGGUGCAGAAAUGGGCGAAGUACAAGGAGGAGUGUCUCCGCAACAUCAGCAGAGAACCUCCACUCGCUGGUGUGGUGUGCAACCGGACGUUUGAUCGUUUCGCCUGCUGGCCUGAUGGACUCCCUAACACCACGGUCAGUGUGUCCUGCCCGUGGUACCUGCCCUGGCAUAACAAAGUCCAGAACCGGUCGGUGUACAGGCAGUGUGAAGCAGACGGCCAGUGGGUUGAUCAGCAGAACAGCACGGAGUGUGAAAACAACAACCCUGAUCAGGAGUACUAUGGCAAGAUCCUUCAGAAGUUCUGGAUCAUCUACACCCUGGGCUACUCUCUGUCCUUGGGCGCUCUAGUGCUAGCACUUGGAAUCCUGAUAACUUUCAGGAAAUUACACUGUAUGAGGAACAACAUCCACAUGAAUCUGUUCGCCUCCUUCAUCCUGCGGGCUUUGUCCAUUCUGAUAAAGGACGCCAUGUUCGAAGACAACAACGUCAAUUUGGGAGAGAAACACGAGUAUGAGAUUGAGGUCAGCGAGACGGACAUAGGGUGUCGUAUCGCCAUCGUGAUGAUGCAAUACAGCAUCAUGGCUAACAGCUAUUGGUUGCUGGUGGAAGGUAUCUACCUCCACAACCUCCUGGUCAUCACUGUCUUCACAGAGAGAAACUACUUCACCAUCUACUUGUGCAUCGGCUGGGGUGCUCCCCUCAUCUUCCUAGUGCCCUGGUUGACAGUGAAAUACCUGUAUGAGAACCAAGGGUGUUGGGAGCGGAACAUCAAUAUGCAGUACUGGUGGAUUAUACGAUCCCCCAUACUGAUCGCUGUUGUAAUAAACUUCCUGAUAUUUAUCCACAUUAUAAAGAUCCUUGUGUCCAAGCUGAGGGCCCACCAGAUGAGAUACUCAGAUUACAAGUUCCGGUUGGCUAAGUCUACCCUAACCCUGAUUCCUCUUCUGGGAAUCCACCUGGUAGUGUUUGUCUUUGUGACAGAUGAAUCUACCACGGCCACCAUCACCCUGCGUCUCACCAAACUCUUCAUCGACCUCUCGUUCUCUUCUUUUCAGGGUUUGCUGGUGGCCAUCUUAUACUGCUUCUUCAACAAAGAGGUCCAGUCGGAGAUCCUGAAGAAGUGGAAGCGCUGGAAGCUGGGACGGAACAUCGAAGAGGAGUACCGCCACACCUACAGCCAGCCUCCUCACCAGAACACCAAGAGUGGCAGUGUGGCGGGUCUGGGGCAUGCUCACGGGGUUCGCCGAAACACGCACUCCUCCUCGCUGCUCCACCCCUGCCUCCCCGACAUCGCCACCACCACCUCCUCCGCUCCGCCCGGCCAAGGCCCCGGCCGCUGCCCCCAGGAGAAGCAGCUCCUCGUAGUCUCCUGCCAGAACGGCUCGGGGCGGAACAAGAAGAACACGGAGCUGACCAUGCAGCUGACCUCGCCGGCAUGCGAGGGCUCCGUCAGCUGCAGCCACGCCCUAAUCGAAGACAACGCGGACAACAUCCGCUUGACGGGUCAGUUGUCCGAGCGCUACGAGGCUCCCAGAGGGAACGCUGAGAGCCGCCUCUGAGAAAAGAGAGGGAGGGGGAAACCGGUGACAUAAGCCCCCCCCCCCCCCGAACCACAGCAGAGAUGGGAGAGGGCGGGGGACCAUUGAUGGUAUAACAACCUCCUAAGAACCACAUCAGGGUGGGGACGCCGGCUGCUCUCUUCCGCUCCUCCCCUCCCUCUCCUAUGGACUCGGCCUGUAUGCGGAGUGGAGUGGAGGGUUUGGGGUUAACUGUGGAGGAGUCCUGGGGAUGGCGAGCGUGCGUCCAGAGAGGCUGUGGGUGUCACCGUCAGUGGAAGAGAGCGACACACGCUAAUGAUGGAAAACACUCAGCGGCGGGAACAGUCCUGUUAGCAUGACGCACGUUUCAGUGGCGCGGUGUGUGGUGGUAGCAAAACCAAAAGUGGUUUUAUCAUCUCACCGGUGGUGGGGGCGUGGCUACGCGACACCAGGGGAAGCCGCGGCCGUCUCGGCACCCUGGCUUCCUGCGGCUUCACAGAAACAGGGGAUGAGCUAGAUGGAUCACUUGACAUUGGUGGUCAACUGAAAGGUGACAGAUGAUGGGUGGACAACCACGUGACAGAAAGACAGUGACGUCCAUCUUCGCAGGCCAGAUACCCGUGUUGGACCGACGUCCUCUGACCGCGGGUGUCCUGUGAGCGAUGGAGAUCUCCGACAAGACAUUCACAGAGCACUGCAUAGACUCACUUCUGCAUGUUCACAAAGCUAAAACUGCGAUGAAGAAAAAAGAAGUUACAAAACUAAAUGUGCCAUGUAAAAUAAUCAUAGGAAUAUAAUACACAGAAACCUCGAAUCGCUAAACACAGGGUCUUAGGGUUAGUUCCUCAUAUGUGUUUGUUGUCAUCAUUGUUGUUGUUGUUGUUGUUGUUGUUGUUGUCAAAUAGCUACGUGUUUCGUGGUGCUGGAGAUACUAGAGGAAGAAUUAAAACCUUAUUUACAAACAGUGUACAAACAAACCCACUGGCGAAGUAACAGGACAACCAGAAAAAUGGGCAGAACUCAUUAAAACCUAUUCAAAAAAAUUAUAAAAUAUAUUUUUAUUUUUGCCUUCAUUCGUGGCCUUCAUAGGUCUUGGUUAAGAUCAAACAAGAUACCCUUUGGCCUUUUUGCUUUUAUUUAAAUAGAGAGAGAUAACAAGAAGAAAGAGAGAGAGAGGGGCAAAUAAAUAUAAUAUAUAGAGAGAGAAGUGCAUAUAUUUGUUCAAACCAACUCGUAAAAAGUCUAUAUUGUAUUAAAAUCGUUGGUCAAAUGUUGUAGAUCACUUGCUUUACCUUUACCUGAAACCCUGUGUACAGCUAGUUCUAUACAUCUGUCCAUUGUCGGGAUUUUGUUCACAUUGCUAUUGUGCCCACAUUUAUGUAAGCAGGUUGUAGGAGACCAAAACAAUGCAUUGUGAUCUGAUGGUGAUAAAAUAUUUUAGAUGUAAACAGACAAUACCAGGAUAGGAUCAAGAAGUAGGAAACAUUAAACUGCAGAUGUAAACGGGGCUAAAGGGUGCUUCCCAAAUGCACAUAAUCUACUAUUUUGUGUCAGAUGACCAAACCACCAGGACAAAACCCAUGACGGCUGGAUCUUUCACCAUUCAGAUUGUUAAUUAACUGAGGAAUACAGCAGAGUUGGGUUGACAGUGUCAAUUAGUUAAUUUACAGUUACAGUUCCCUUUAAAGCUUUUUUAAUUAGUGAUGGGAACUGGAAUUGAGUUCUGAAUUGACUGGAAUUUUAAUUGAGUUGAGCCCAACCCUGGAAUCAUGGGUCUGACACAGGAAGUAUAUUCAGGUAGAAAAGGGGAUGGAAAAGGGGAUGAAGCUGAUAACGAUGGUUAUGAUUAUCGUCACUUUCUUCAGUACACAUUCAUGCAAAGCUCCCAAUAGGAGAAUUGGAUCUUAUUUUCUUUUCUCUUUUUAAUUUUUUACAUACAAACCUUUGGUUUGCGUAGAAUAUCUGCAUUCACCCUGUAUUGAUCUUGGGAAGAAGUGUGAUGUUGUAAAUAUAUCCUGUGUUACAAUAUACCAAUAUGUUGUUCGAUGGGAUGGUUUGAUCAAAACCUAGAAGAAAAGACACAGUGUGCCUUUUUUAGUAAUUCAGUGUAGCACACCAACCUUUUGGAAUUACAGUAUUUAUUUAUUUUAUCAUUAUUUUAAUUUAUUUUAUAUAUAGCAAGUCAACAUCAAGACCAAGUUCAAUGAGUGCUGCAUAUACACAAUUUGCACAAUAAAAUACCAUGUAAAAUGAAAUACUAUCUAAUACAAAAAUCCAAGAACAUUUACAUUUCUCAGCACGGUCAGCAAGGUGCCCAACAGGCACCAGGAUCUUCAGUCAGGGAACUUUUCGUUGUUCCAAACUGUAACAGGAAUUAAAACGUCCACUAGUGUUCUGAUUUCAUAUUAACUUUAUUUUUCAUCAUUGAGCCCGCCAGCCAGUCAGCUUAGUUUGAAUUCAGUUUUCUCUACAGAUACACUUAUUCAAAAUGAACUUCUCUUUCUUUUCUAAUUCACACUAAACACUGCAACCCCCGCCAGACCUUGAAACUCUUUCCCCCACCACCACCAUCCCUUUUUUAAAGACGGCCUUCUUCUCCUGGUCAGAGGUCAGACACCAGAAAACAGUGUGUUCUCCCACUGAACAGGAAAAGGAGCAGCGCCACCUCCAGCAAGUGGUCACCCACAAUAAUUACAAUGUAAGACAAACACUAUCGCAAUUCAAGCCCUCAACUAUUUUACUAUUUAAGUUGCAUGACUUAAUAGCCCACUCCACCAGUACUGUAACCUGGCAACAACCUCAUCUGUCACAAAAUACUGGGUCCAAAUAAAAAGAGGCCAAAUGGGAUUCCUCAGUUAGCCCCCAAUCCCAUUCCUGGUAAAAAUCAACACACCACGGCUGUAAAGCUAACAUUACAGAUCAAAUAACGUCAGUGAACAGUUUAUAACCGUAAUAACAUCAUCAACGCCUUAUUGCUUAUGUAUUGCUUACCAUCAGAGUAGUCGACAUUUAAAUCUCAUCCCCAUUUUCUUUAGUCUGUCCGAAUCACAAAUAUAGCGUUCUACUUGUAAAAAAUGACAGUGGACUAUGAACUACUGUGAUCCUGGGGUCAAAACUGCUCCUCUAUGGCUCAGUUAGUCUAGAGCGUGCAGCCCCAGGAUUGUGGGUGUAAUUCUUCUAAAUGACUUGCUGAUUGUCUGAAAGCUGUGAUAUAUUUCCUGAAAAUGGACAUGAUGUUUGGGAGGAUGGGAGGAUGAUGAUGGGGAGGAUGAUGUUUAGGAGGAUGGGAGGAUGAUG